CGCGAAAUACAUAUACCUCUUUCAAAACAUGGCUGACAAAGAAGGGGUAGUCUACGCUGAUGAAAAAGACAAACUUCCAUGUUUGAUAGCAGAUUCUGCUGCUUUCUUAAGAAACGUGGACCUCCAAAACCUUUGUAAUGGUGUUUUUACGAUAAGGGAAGUUAUUAGUGAAAUCCGAGAUGCUGCAACGAGACAGCGGCUAGCCGUCCUACCGUACGAAAUAACAUUCCGAGAACCAUCCGCUGAGUCAAUUCUUUUUGCAACUGAAUUUUCCAAGAAAACUGGCGAUUUUAAAAGUUUAUCAGCUGUUGAUUUGAGAGUUAUUGCAUUAACUUAUCAACUUGAAAAAGAGUUUUGUGAUGUUACCCAUGUUAAAUUAGAACCAUCAAAACGAAUGGAAGUUGUUCAGAAAACAAAGAUUCAGUUAGGCAAAGAAAUAACAGGAUUUUAUGUGGAAAAAAAGACAAGAUGUUCAGAUGUAAAUUUCAAUGAGUUAUGUGAGAGCAGUAUGCAGUCAGAAACACAAGAAGAUGUAGGUUGUGGAGCAAAGAUUGUUGAUAAAGAUGAGAGCAUCUCUAAUGAUGAUGAUGAGGAGGAGGAUGGUAAUAAUAUUGUCGAUAAGGAUGGUGACGACGAUGGCUGGAUUACAUCUGGUAAUAUUGACAAAGUUAAACAAAAAAUGGGAUUUCAAGAUGAGCUUAGUAUAGACCACGAUAAAGUUAAAUGUGUUUGUCUCACAACAGAUUUUGCAAUGCAGAAUGUGCUAAUUCAAAUGGGAUUGCAUGUACUAUCUGUGCAAGGAAGGCUUAUUCAGCAAGCAAGAAAUUACAUUCAAAAAUGUUUUGGUUGUUACAAAGAAACAACUGAUAUGGAAAAGUUGUUUUGUCAAUCAUGCGGUAACAAAACCCUGCAGAAAGUAUCAGUAACUAUACGUGACGAUGGAACGAAACAAUAUCAUUAUCCGAAAAGAAAACGUAAUCACAACAUUCGUGGUACUAAGUUUUCUAUCCCUUUACCAAAGGGAGGUCGGCAAGUUAAAACAAUAUUGUUAACAGAAGACCAAAAAACAAGUCAAAAUCGUUUACCAAGAGGAAGAGAUAAAGUAAAUCCUCUGGAUCCGGAUUAUGUAUCCCGCUCAAACCCGUUUGCAGUGAAUGACGUUAAUAGUCGUGCAUUUACGCUAGGACUUCACGUAAAACACCUGCAACCGAGAAAUCCAAACGAAAACAAGAAGAAAAAAUCUGGAAGAAAAAGAUGAUAAAAUUUAUAUGGAUUAAAUCCUUUUGCUAGAAA